AUGGGCAAGAUGGACAACACCUCCGUGGAGCUGAGCUCUCCCUCCGAGGUGAAGCAGGCAGCCCUGGAGGAGUCGGAGCCCAUUGCCCCUGAAGCCUUGAGCACCAAGAAGAAGAAGGAUAUCCCAGACAGGGGCUCCUGGAAGGGGAGAUUUGACUUCUUGCUGUCCUGCGUGGGCUAUGCCAUUGGGCUGGGCAAUGUCUGGCGCUUCCCCUAUCUCUGCGGCAAGAACGGAGGAGGGGCCUUCCUCAUUCCCUAUUUCCUGACGCUGGUGUUUGCUGGGAUUCCCCUCUUCCUGCUGGAAACUGCUCUUGGCCAGUAUACCUCUGUGGGUGGACUGGGGGUCUGGAAAUUAGCACCCAUGUUUAAAGGAGUGGGGCUGGCAGCUGUGGUUCUCUCCUUCUGGCUGAACAUCUACUACAUUGUCAUCAUCGCCUGGUCUCUCUACUAUCUCUUCAAUUCUUUCACUGCGGACCUGCCGUGGCAGAGCUGCGGGAACGCCUGGAACACUGAACGCUGCUUCUCCAACUACUCCCUGGAGGACACCACCAACCUCACCAGUGCCGUCACCGAGUUCUGGGAGAGGAACAUGCACCAGAUGUCUGGGGGCCUGGGGGAGCCCGGCUCCAUCCGCUGGCCUCUGGCCGGCACGCUGGCCCUGGCCUGGCUGCUGGUCUACUUCUCCAUCUGGAAGGGCGUGGAGUGGACAGGCAAGGUGGUGUAUUUCUCAGCCACCUACCCCUACUUCAUGCUCUUCAUCCUCUUCUUCCGGGGAGUCACACUGCCAGGGGCCAAGGAGGGUAUCCUCUUCUACCUCACGCCUGACUUCAGAAAGCUCUCUGACUCCGAGGUCUGGAUGGAUGCGGCCACACAGAUCUUCUUCUCCUACGGCCUGGGGCUGGGGUCCCUAAUCGCACUGGGGAGCUACAACACUUUCCAUAACAAUGUCUACAGAGACUCUAUUAUUGUCUGCUGUAUAAACUCCACAACAAGCAUAUUCGCUGGAUUUGUUAUUUUCUCUAUCGUUGGCUUCAUGUCGCACAUCACGAAGAAGUCCAUCUCAGAGCUGGCCUCCUCAGGCCCCGGACUGGCUUUCCUUGCCUACCCACAAGUGGUCACACAGCUACCCCUGUCCCCGCUCUGGUCCAUCCUCUUCUUCUCUAUGUUGAUGAUGCUGGGCCUGGAUAGUCAGUUCUGCACCGUGGAGGGGUUCAUUACAGCCCUGAUGGAUGAAUAUCCUCACGUCCUGAGAGCCAGGAAGAAGGUCUUCAUUGCGAUAGUCUGUUUCAUCUCUUACCUCAUUGGAUUCUCCAACAUCACCCAGGGUGGCAUUUAUGUCUUCAAGCUCUUUGAUUACUACUCAGCCAGUGGCAUGUGCCUUCUCUUUCUUGUCUUCUUUGAGACCAUCUCAAUUUCUUGGUGUUAUGGUGUGAACAGAUUUUACAGGAACAUCGAAGAAAUGAUUGGCUACAAACCUUGCAUCUGGUGGAAGAUCUGCUGGGCCUUCUUCACUCCUCUUGUAUGCCUGGGUGUGUUCUUCUUCAGCGUGGUGGAAAUGACCCCUCUGACACUGGGAAAAUACGUCUAUCCUGCGUGGGGGCAAGGCAUUGGCUGGCUCAUGGCCCUGUCCUCCAUGGUGCUGAUUCCAGGAUACAUGCUGUACUGUUUCUUCACCUCAACAGGGACUCUCCAGCAGCGUUUGCAGCAGAUGACGCAGCCCCAGCCCGAGGCGCAGGUACAGGAGAACGGCCUCCAGCCGAAGAUGUCCUUGAACGGGAGGGUCUCGGAUGCCACCGUCUAG